AAGAAUCACCUGUCAUGGCGUCUCUACGCCUUUGAGACAUAACCUACGAAAUACGAUAAAUAUGUGCUUUUAAAUAAGUGUAAAGGAAUAAAACUAUACUAUUUUUAAGUGCAAUAAAUCAGUGUUAAAGAAAAAAUAAUAUUAGAUUUUAAAAUAUGGCUCUUGAACCUUUGUUGGAAAUCGAUUACGAUUAUAUAAAACUUAAUCAACUAUACGACGAGUGUCUCGAUUAUUUAGAAAAAUCGAAUAACAAUGAAUCGGAAAGCGAAGAAAGUGUACAAAGUGGUCAUGACGAUUAUGAAACUGUAGAAUCAUUGGAAGAUGUACAAAAAGAAAAUCAGCCUGAAAUCGGUUUUAAAGUUAUCAAUGAAUUAAAAUCGAUGGAAAGUUUAUCGAGUGAAACUAAAUCGGAGAGGUUAAGGAAAUUGUCGCAACAAUUACCUAAAAUUAUAAUAACACAGAGCAAUAAUAGUUUGAAUUUGGAACGUGACCAGGAAAAACCGUUAGUAGAAAAUCUUUUACCGGUGAAGAAUUAUUUAAAGAAACCACCUGAGAGUUGUAGAUUUAUAAAUGAUACAAAACAUCAGCCGUUUUAUCGCAACCGCACUGCUUACGGCGAUUUCCCUAAACGUUUGGUCUCAAAGAAUGGCGUCGAGAACGUUGCUCUCAUUUCCAACGUUCCCUUCGAGAAGAUUCGAUUGCUUAAUGAUGCGUUCCAUACAUUGAUCAAUCUCCGUUGGCGUUGGAUUGUUAUCGGGACAGUAAUCGUGCAUUUCGCUAUCUGGCUGGUGUUCGCUGUCUUCUGGUAUGUGACAGCGCUGGCUCACUACGACUUCGAGCCAGACCCUCCUUCACGCAGUUGUGUUACUGGCGGCAAGGAUUUUGUCACUAUAUUCCUCGCCUCUGUUGAAGCUCAGACUACUAUCGGUUUCGGAGACCGUGCUAUAGAUGAAGAGUGUCCAGAAUCGAUAUUUCUUUUUAUAAUGCAGUUAAUUCUGGGCACUGGUCUGUCGGGUGUUCUGACGUGUGUUGUGUACGCGAAGCUGACAAGGCCAGAGAAACUGUCCAGAGAUGGCGUUGGCUUCAGUAAAAAAGCUGUCGUUUCUUUACGCGACGGCAAACUGUGUCUGAUGUUUCGAGCUUGGGACCUCAACUACGACCACAUCAUCAGUUCCGAGUUCACCGCGCACUUCGUCAGCACAUAUCGGUAA